AUUGUGCUAUUGCUUGAGAGCCUUUUGAGUUGUGCGUUUUCUUCUCUCUCGUUAGAGAUGGAUGGGUUCUUACAGGUUUUCAAACUUUUUUUUGUUGCCAGUAUAUAAAGCUUCUGAGGAAAACAGCGAACCUUGAGAAGCUAAGAGAAGCAAGGGAAGCUAUGAGUGCUAUGUUUCCGUUGAGUCCUUCUUUGUGGCUUGAAUGGGCUAGGGAUGAGGCAUCUUUAGCCUCUAGUGAUAAUGUGCCUGAAAUUGUUAAGCUUUACGAACGAGGACUUUCUGAUUAUCAGUCUGUAUCUCUUUGGUGUGAAUACCUGAACUUCUUGCGUGAGUUUGAUCCAUCCGUAAAUGGGUAUACACCUGAUGGAGUCUCAAAAAUGAGGAAUGUUUUUGAACGUGCUAUUCCGGCUGCGGGAUUCCAUGUUACUGAAGGCAAUAGAAUAUGGGAAGGAUAUAGAGAGUUCGAGCAAGGCAUCUUAGACACUAUUGACAAGGCUGACCUUGAGGAGAGGAAUAAACAGAUACAAAGGAUUCGAAGCAUAUUUCACCGUCACCUGUCUGUUCCGCUGAAAGAUUUGAGCUCCACCCUUAUUACAUAUAAGGCGUGGGAGUUGGAACAGGGCACGGACCUUGAUAUUGGAUCUGAUGAUUUGAGUAAGGUUUCUCCACAGGUUGCUGUUGCAAACAAGAAAGCACAACAGAUGUAUAGUGAACGUGCACAUCUUGAAGAAAACAUAUCUAAGAAAGAUUUAUCCGACACGGAAAAGUUUCAGCAUUUAAUGGUGCGUAUGGCUUAUUUUGCAGUUAAUAUUUGUCUGUAUUCUGUGUUGAAGUUGAAUUGUAAUAUGCCUACCAUCUGUAAUCAUAUUGCGUGACGGAUCUGAAUCUAGAGACUUGUCUAUUUGGAAACCUGAUGACUGUAUUUUUUUAGAUU